GGAUUGAGACGCGACGCCGUGUGAACGUUUUUUCGAUACCGUCUGGCCGAGGAGUGGAAGAUUCGAAUACCUGUAUUUUCAAAUAUAUAAUUUGUGUUUUUUAUCACUGUUAUCUCUAGCGUCUUUGCUGUAAAUUUGAUAUCUUCCAAUUUUCGAACCACCGAAAAGUCGAGAGCGAUUUAGAGAAAAAAUAGCGUGCAUUAAUUUGAAAAUAAUAAUUUUUCGGCAAAUUCGAGUGAAUAUCGACAGAAAGAUUCGGAUUUGGUUCGAAAGGUUACAAUAGAAUGUACCAGUGGAAUUGAAUGAUAGUGAUGUGCAUUGAUCCAAUUCGUUCGUAAUAUUGUCUCUGAUAUCCAGUUCCUAUGUAUUACGAGCAGUAGAAAGCAUCUUUUGUACAAUAAAGUGGAAAAAAUCAACAAAUCAAUUCCAAGUAUGUCCAAACCUCAGCAGGGAAAUGUGUGCUAAUGAAGUGUCAGAAAGAAAACCUGGGAGUGUGGCAACGAAACCACUAUGGAAGUAAAAUUAAGUAAAUGGUAUGGAAAAUGUGCAAAUGGAAGAUAAAUUGCAAACAAAGAUCAAAUUUAUCAAUUGAUUCGUGGCAAACACUCGGAAGUGCAAUGUGAAUUUAAGACUGCACUAGUUUUUUUAAAUGUUCAACACCGAUUCGUGGCAGUAAAAAGGGCUAAAUGUUUGGUCUCCCAGUAUAAGCUGGAUCAUUUCGCCAUGCUCCGUGGGGGCCAGGAAUGUACGUAAUAUUUCCGGCAGAUGAAUUAAUAUUGUUGACAUACGGAAUCGCGGUACCGAGAGUACAACCACGACCAACUCUGGACAACCUGCGAGAGCCACUUGUCCCCAUCGGCAAUAGGCCUUCUUCCGUUACCGUCCUGCCCCCCAAACAGAUAAAUGAGCCCCAUCGGACCCAAGGACAACAAUCCCUCACGUCCACCACCGCCCUUCGCACCCCACCUGCACUUACACCGAGAGACAGAAGUCCUAGUGUCAACUUUUCAUCCGACGAUAGAAUCUAUGGUUACGACGAUACGUCUCCACUCUACGAUGCCGACACUAUUGUGAACUAUGUAAGCAGGGAACUGGACUCUGGUAUUCCCUUCAACUCCUCGUCCUUCGUACCGUCCACGACGUUGCUGAAUCCCUCUCCAGCGGUGCCCAAAUCGAACACUACCUCAGCUGCGAAAGGGAAAGAAAAACCAAAAUCCAGGCUACAUCUGAAAUUAGGCCGCCUGCGACCACAUUCCUCUGUUGAGCAAAGCGAGUCCGCUCGAGUCCGCGAAGACCUUCAAAUUCACGUGUCUAACCCCGUGUUCACCCGUGAAAACCUCAGGCAACGCAAUUUUGACGCCUUCUUCGAAUCCGGCGAAACGGUUUAUUCGCUGGAGAAAAAAGAAAAACCUCAACUUCCAAGUGCCGAUUCCACCGAGCUAACCCCAUGGAAUAGCAGUGAUCCAUCUGCAACCCAGCAGCGAUCCAUAUCAGUGGGAUUUUUUCGGAAAGCUAAAUCACCGAACAUCAUACGUGCCAAGAGUACCGAACUCGAAUUUGAAGAGUCCCAGAAAGAGUCAUCAAAAACUCAUCGUAGCAUAUUCAGCAAAAGGGUAGGGACGACGCAGCUAUCUCUAGGAGGAAGCAUGACUUCCUCCGGAGGUGUGCUCAAGGAUUUAGGUCAUCCUGGCCUAAAUGAGGCACUCAAGUCUCACAAUAGCGUCACAUUCAAGCUAGUUAAAACGGUUUCGGACUUCACAGAAACACUAGCACAACUCUACGAACAACAUGCUGAAGCUCUGCAAGUAUUGGUGUCAAAUUAUAGGAAACGGAAUGGUGAAUUGAGAAAAGAAAGACCAGCUUGCCAGUCAAACCUAUUCCAUGCUUGGGAAACGUUUUUGCAGGAAAUCGAAGCUGACUCCCAGGCAACCAUCGAUGUCGCCAGUUCCCUUUCCAGGCAGGUUGCCCGACCGCUGUUGGAACGCUCAUUCUACAGAAAGGUCCAAAGUAGAAAAGUAUUCACCCACAGGGAAUCAUUCGAUACAAUCAUUUCAAAGACUGAAGAGAAAUUAUCCAAGUGCCGAAUUGAAUACAAGCAAUGCUAUAUUGCGCACCGUCAGAAUCCUACCCAGCUUACACUGACGCAGUAUAUCGACACCCACAAUGCAUAUGUGCAGCAGCUGCAUGCCACCAAUGCCAUGUUGGAGGCGUACCACUGCGAGACACUGCCACAGUUGAUGCAGGAACUGGAGGAAAUUUACAAUGACCUGUGCAACAUAGUAGCGGAAGCGGUACUGCAAGGCGCUGAAGCAAUUUCAGUCAAAGCAUUGGAGCAGGCGAAACGGUACGACAGUUUAGCGAAUCAGUGCAAAGGCGUUUCGCCUACUCAGGAUUUGGGCUAUUUCGUACGCAGUCUCCCAGUACCAUCCAAUGCUCAACGAAUUCCGAGAAAAGUAUUCUCGCCUCCCCAGCAGCCCGCUGCUCAAUCCGAAUGUGAAGAACUGGCAGAUUACGGCGUUAGCAUGUCGGAUCCGUCAGGUCCCAUGCUGAAAAACGAACUGGUGGUGGACAAGGGUGCAUCGAUACAAGUGCGCCCGUCAUUGGAAGCACUCAAGCGGGAAUCGCAGGACUUGGAAGUCCAGAUCAAACAGUUGCAAGAUUCAGUAGACGCUUUAGUUCGAACGCAAAUAAGAGGAAUAGAAAGUCAGCUGUAUAACAAAGCCAAUGAGAUCCAGGAAGAAGUUUCAAUGAAGAAGUUCGAUAUACGAGCAAAACAAAUCCAUCUAGCAGCAGUUCGAGCACAGAAAGAGUUAUUUUUGGGUAGAAUAGAUCCUGGUUCACCUCGCGGUGAACGUAAAAUGUCUUCUUCUAGUUCCUCCUCAAUGAAGACCAAGUGGCUGAAAGCGUUCCGAAGUCUGAAACCGGCCGGUUCAGCAAACGAUAGUAAUCCCAAAACAAAUCAUCAAAUGUACCACGCGGUAUCAACGGUCUUAUCACUGAGGAAAAGCGGAAAUGGAGCGCAGAUACGGUUCGACGGAUCGGAUAAUCAUAAUCUGGUGGAGUAUACGUAUAAGAAGAUAACACCGUGCGAUGUUUGUUCACAAGUCUUGAGAGGUCAUACACGACAAGGUCUCCGGUGUAGGAUAUGCAAAGUGAACGCGCACGCCGACUGUGCAUCACAGCUGCCAAAAUGCCAGGUCAAGCAGAAGUUGCUACGCCGCCAAAAGAGUACUUCCGAGAUCGAAAAUCGCACCGAGGCGGAGGAGGAAAAACCAACCGACAUCGAUCAGAUUUACCAGGUCCUGAAAAGGGCGGGAGAAAUUUCCAGCGGCAAAGUUUCCGAGUCAAAAACGCAAGCAAACAACGCGGGCAGUGAUGCCAAUAUGGCGAGUGGCGCUAGCAAUCCACAACUAGAAAUACCUGUAGUCAAUGUGCCUGAUUAUCCGGAUCGAACACCUAGAAGGGGACCUGUAAAAUCUCAGGGGCCAAAUUAUCAACCGCAAAAACAGGGACUGUCAGCACCGAACACGACGGACAUGUCAAACUCAGCACCUCAUUCACCACGCCGGCAAAAACUGAACCUUAGAAUGAAAUCACUCAGUCUGGACUCACCAGAAUCGUCCGAAUUGCAUGGGCAAAUGCGACGACGUUACCCAGGGCCAUCGGCUCAGGCAGGCCAGGGAGGUUCUGGGGGUCACUUAGAACAUAGCACGCCACCAUCAAACAAUAGUAGAUUACACUCACCUUCAAGCCCGUCGGGCAAGCAGCGCAAAUUCCUGUACGCGAAUCGUGGAAUGAAAACUGGAUCGGUGGACCUUCCAGACGAAAUUGAAAGAAGCCAAUCAUCAGCCAGCACAUCACCAUGUCCAUCACCUGUCCGACAGACGCAGAAGGUGCAACGACUGCUGCCAACUAACAUUCACGUGGUGUUGUUUAACUUCAAGGCCCGGCACCAGGACGAGCUGGAUUUGAUGGCAGGAUAUAAGGUUACCGUUAUCGAUUCGUCGGAUGCCAACUGGUGGAAAGGAAAAUGCUUGGGUAAGGUUGGAUACUUUCCUUCCAAGUAUUGCACUAAACUUGGCGCCUUGGAAAAGGUGUUACAAGUGACCCACCCACUCCAUAUCACUGACAACGAGCGGUGUGAAGUGAAAUUGCAAAGAGAUCAAAUUGUGAUACAGAUUGCCGAGGAGGUAGGGGGUAUGAUAAUGGUCCGCUUUGCUGACAAUCAUCAGGGUGUCAUUCCGGCAAAAUAUCUACAGGAAGUCUGACUACGGGAUGACGAGGAAUUAGACCGAGAUCGAGAUAAGCCAAACAAAAAAGCUAAUAAAAGUAUCUUGCCAGGCCAAAAUGGUAAGUCGAGCAAAAAAAUCGCGAAACUUCAAAGCUACGAAAAGGAGGACGAUACUCGUAGUCACCAUUAUCAUAAGGAAGGAAAACAUAACAUGCAUAUAACAUGUGAUAAGAAUUGGGAAAAAUGGGAAAAGUUCCGGGAAAAGAAAAUGCAAAUGAUGAAAACACAUAAAUAUAAUGUAGAACAGCGACUUAGAAAUGAAAAUCAAGAGCAAGUUUAUUAUAGGCACCAUUUUAAUUAUCACCCUGUGAAAAGACCUAAAAGAAAAACAUCACUAGACCCCAAUUGGUAUACCGAAAAUAUCUAUUCUAAUCAGUCGAUAGAUAAUUCAGAUGGAGAACAAGCUUUAGCGAUGGUACACAGUUAUCAGCCCAGAAAACCUCAAGCCUAUAGAGACCUCAACGGAAAUCUCGACGAGGAAUUGGGCGGCAUUUUUACUAUAGGUGCACAAUUUGAACGAACAAACAAAUACCCUAAAUCGAAUAGCUGUUGUUUUGGUGGAAGUAGUAGCUUAGCAAUUAACAAUGUUAGAUAUAAAAUUCCUAAAUCGCACUCGUUUAGCACCUCCAGGAGUAUGGGCGCCAGUUUCAACUUAAACAAAACAUACAAUCGAAAUAGUUUCGAAAUGGCUGAGUUUCCUGGACAUGCUUUAUCCGAUUCGGGUCGAUUGAACCAUUACAACGGUCUCAAACCGUUGGGAAUGCGUAUAUGUGAUCGUGAAGGUUGCUUCAAUGAAACGUGCUUUAGUAAGGAUACUAAGAAUAUUCAUAAUAACAAUAAUAAUAACCUGAUGAACGAGUGGAAUCUGCGGAAUCGGAAUAAUAUAAGAAGGCGUUUGGCAAGUGCAAGACCGCAGCAUGUCAUGGAAGAAGACUUUGAUCUGUUUGAAGAUGAUGAGGAAAGUGACCUAAACAUGUACAACGACGACAACUCGAUCGUAUUUGACGAAUUCGAUGACCAGGACUACUAUGGAGCUGGACAGGUCACGGCCGACUUUGAUGAAUUCUACCGUCACGAGCGAGCCAAGCAGGUAUUGCGUGGCAAGUUUGAUCGAAUCAGCAAGUAUACCGAUGACUUCACCGAUGAUUAUCAUAAAUCUUUUGAGGACAUAUUCAAUCAAAAUUGCUACAUUGACAAACAGUAUCAGGUGAAAGGCAAUAAUUUUUUUUCCAAACCUUAUAUUGCUAAGAACAAAAGUAUGCUGGAAGUAAAACCACCGAGUAAAUAUGACGAUACCUCAUCCGAUUCCACCGAUUUGGAAUUGGAUGAUUUUAACUUUGAUUUUGAAAAAUACUGGGAAGAACUAGAGAAACCAUUACCUACAUCGCCGAGUGAACUCAAGGAGAAGUAUCCGCCGGGAGCAUUGAAGAAGGUGAAAAAUGUUAACAUUAAUCGAUACAACAAUGGAACUGUGAUAGACAUCUAUCAUGACGAUGACCCUUAUCAUUCAGAUCAUCAUCACUAUCGCGAGGGUAACGAUAGAAACAGCAAACUUGAUUCUUUCUCGCCACCAUCGCUUAGUAAGUUCAGUAGAAAAGUAUAUCCCGAAAGAAAUAACGUAACUAAUGGUUUAAGUAAAAACCCCAGCAGCAAAAGAAAUAAUAUUAGCAACAACAACAACGCGAUUAGUUUUUUGAACAACAUUUUUUCCAUCUACAAACCAAGCAAAUACUCACCGCUCAAUUGCCACGUAGAACAGAAUUAUUUGAAAAAUAUCCCUGCCAAAAAGAUGAACAUAACAAGUUCAGCUAGACCGCUUGGAGCACCUAGAAGUGAUUCGGAGAAUUCGGCUAAACGACCACUAACAGUUCAUCCAUCUAAACAGUAUUCGCAACGCUCAUAUCAAGGUAAUCGUAACCAGAAGGAACCGCAAGCCAAGUUCCAGAUAAUUCCAGACAAAACCGGUUUGAAAAUAUCUCCACUAUACGUAUCGAGUGCCGACUAUCGGAAAGCAAGGUAUAAAUUAAAAAGUACUUCCCGACCACUAUCCUUCUGGUGAUAGUUGCUCGACUGUUCGUAUUAUUCGGAUGGCCGACUGGAUGGAGUACCCGUGGUCAAGAAGACUCGCAGAACCAAAUAUCUCAAGUACUGAAAUUUCAUCAAUCAGAGUGUUAUAAUAUAAAUAAGAAGCCCACCACUUUUCAAUAUUCCACUUCGUUCCAUCUCCUGUACAGUUGAAGUUUUCAUAAAACUCGCAACAGAUUAUUAUGCUACUUUUUAUACCAUUAAUCGGUAAACUUAAAAGUAAGAACCACGUAAAUCCACCUAUCAAAGCGUACAUCCUUGAUUGUAAAUAUCCAUAUUCGAAUAUUUAAAAUGCAACUUUUAAUACCUUUUGAAGGAUUCUAUAUUACAAAAUCACCAGCAACUCACCUACAAUUUUGCAUAGGAGCAUUAAUGAAUUUGAAAACCGUAGAAGUUAUAGUCGCACAUCAAUAUACGAAACCAUAUCCAGACAUACAAAUUAAUCUACUAUACUAUUUUAGUUCGUUAGGUGCCAUCAAAAUUGUAUCAAGUGAUAUGAUUUAUAUAUAGCAAACUGUAGCUAGCACACAUGUAAUGCACCUUCACAAACGAUUGAUUUGUUAUGCAAACCCUCUUCUUUAAUUCGAAACGAAGCUUACUUGACUCUGCUGACAGUACAGUAUAUUGUCGAUUUUGUACUCUGAAGACGAUGAAAAAAUCAACACGGAAAUAACCAAGUUGGCGUUGAAUAUCUGAAUAAUGCGAACGCGAUCCAUUCGUGGUUUCAACCCAUAAUUGGUUAUGUGUUAUUAAAUGUCACACAUAGCUGUCCUAUGUUCUGCGGGAUUGCAUUUCCAUAUUGCUGUUCCCAAUUAUCUUGAGCGUAUUCAACAUAGUGAAAAUUUGAGUUCUACUUUUCAUACGUUUUCUGUGACAAGAAAUAACGUAUAACCGUAGUGGGGUAACUUCACAAACUACAGGAAUUGACUGCAGGAAAAGAUCUUCUUUUUGUGUUUGAUUUAAGGAUAAUAACAAACAAACUGCACAGAGAAGGUAUUGUCCCGAGCAGCUAACAUAACUAAACAUAAACUUCACGCCGUACCCAAUAGUAGAGAGAUAUAAGAGCUAUUCGGUUGAUUUUUACAGCGAUUUACUUCAGUUGCGGACAAAAAUGAACACAAUGUCACACAAGUUAAACAUUGAAUGUGGUACAGGCUUGAGAAAAAUAUUGCCUUUGCUAAGGUAGCUUCAUUUGAAUUUUUACUCAAAUCAACUAUAUGUAUCCGAAGCUCCUUAUAAUCCUCAUUCCCCAAAGUUCUUUUUUACAUCAAUCAGAUAGCGUAUGUAGGUUGUUUCUCUUUUCAAACUAGUUAGUAGUGUCAAUGUACCAAUAGCCGCAUUAUCAAAAAAGUUUGCAUCAAAAAAUUGAUAAAACGAUCUAUGCCAUCGCUCUACAAUUUUUGAUAGGGAAUUCUAUGGAUCAUACGAUAAUCAUUCGUAUUGCCGAAUAAGGGUGAUGUUCGUAGUUGAAUUGAAAGUAUUUAAUUUUUAUCUUGGAGCGAUUUUUUUAUUUUGAUUAUAGAGGUGUUAACCUUAGGGUUAUUCGCCUCUUUUCAGGUUAGAGAAAUCUCUUUUCAGAAAAAUCUCUUACCCUAUGUGCGGGGUUGGGAAUCGAACCCAGGUGAGCUGCGUACAAGCGAAGACUACAUAUUAAGAAGACUGAUAUCUCUUUCCUUCCCCCAUACAAACGAGAAGCGACAGAGGUUACAGCGCCUCUAUUGGAAGAAGGGAGGAAGCUUUAUGUAAAAAUGUAUAUGUGUGUGUGCAUCACUAUGGAAAGCACCACCUUUACCCGUAAGUGGCGUUGCUGUUACUGUCUCCGGAUUCUGGACAGAGUUGCCAGUCUUCUUGAUAUGGAGUCUUCGGUACAAGGCAAUCGAUUUACCAACUAUGCUAUGCCCAUCCCCCUUGGAAGGAAAAUUGUCUUCCAAAUAAAUUUAUUUAUUCCAAACUGCUGGAUUUGCUCAAAUUUAAAGGGCAAAGAAAUAUUAGUCAGGUGGUUCGUCGAUGUAAGACGAUGGUCUUAUAAGCCACUUGAUUGUAUGAUCGAGUCCCAGCCAGAAAAGAUUCUUAGUGGUCGGUUCGAUCCUAGCACUAGCCCUGUAACUAUUCUGUUCACUAAGAACCUGCCGCUAAGUCUGCCGAAACAAAAGUUCAAACUCUUCAACGGAUUGUGAUGCUGACGCAUUGCUUUAGUUUGAACGAUUCAAGUUGUCCGCGGCCGAGGUAGCAGGACACUCGCCAUAAAAUAUAUUCCUUAUGGAUUUUGUUCUACGGCAACAGCAACGGCUGGUUAAUAACUAGAACAAAAUUCAUUGUGAAUAUGUUUGUGGCGUGUGUCCUAUUGUCUCGUCUGCGGACAACUUCAAGUGUGAUAUACUUCGCAAAAAAUAUUUCAUAACGGUUCUGCAUCGACAAAUGCACCCACGAGGGCAGCAAUUGGUAUUACCACGACUACUAGAACUUAUACCCUAUCUACAUACUGGCAUAUAUUAUCGUCAAAACAAAACUAAAAAAAGUGACGAAAACUAUAGUGGGUUUGCAUUCUUUACGCUUUUCAACAUUUUACUUCGUACUCGUUAGGUUAGUUGAAAUAAUGAAUUGCUAGACAAUAUUUUGAUCCAGUAGGUUUCGAAAAUUUUGUUGUUUGGGGUUUUAUCAUGUAGCAUUUGAUUUCAGAGCAUAAAAUAAUAUUGGAAACAUUUAACAUUAUCGUUCCGACGUAUUAUCUUUGAAAUUAGUCCAUGUUAUUUAUAUCAUGUAUUUAUCAAGAAAAUAAAUACAUGUUAUACAGAAAAUAUAAACCUAGUAUUUGCUAUUCUCAUGGACACGCUUUUUUGAAAAAUUUUGAAUUUGUCUCAAGAUUUAAACUUUUGAAAGAAUUUUUGAUUUUGCGCAUUGAAGAUAAUUGGAUCAAAGUUUUCCAAAAAAAAGGUUAUUUCUAACGUUAUUUUGACUUACACGAUGGGGUAACAAAUAGGAAAAAUUUCACCUAACCUUGAAAAGUCGACACAUUUUAUGAUUUAAAACCAAAUACAAGUCCUGUGCUCGUUACCUCCUAAAAGAUUACAUAGUUUAUAUGAAAAACGUGUGAUUAAAAUCGAUUAAUUAAACCGUUACACGAUAUGACCGACCGCCUAAGAAACUAUUCACUAAAUUAUAUAUUUAUGUAAUUCACAUCGUCAUAUUCGAGAUAGCACGUCGUUAAGGCAACAUCCAUAAAUAACAUAGCAUUUUUUUUUCAACCACCAAUAGCAGCAAUUCGCUACAAGUCUCUAGAGACUAGUAAGUGCUUAUCGAGCUAAUAUAUUUACAUUCACAAUAAUCUGCUACACACUAAAUUUUGACUGCCGAAUAUCAGCAAAAUUUUGCUGAAUUUUGCCUUGCUGAAAUAUGAGCAACACUUCCGGAAAAAAAAUUUCGCUGAAAUUACAGCAAUUCGAAACUGUCAGAAUUCGCUGAACAGCCAGUGUGAUUUGCUGGAACUCAGCAAAAUUGCCAUUCUUUUCAGCAAUCAAAUUCUAUAGAUUUUCUGUUUUCGCUAAAAUAAUGGGCUUUACUAAAAAUCAGCAGAACAAAAAUUGCAAAGCUGAACUCUUAGCAAAUCCAGUUUUGCUGAAAAGUUUCAGCAAAAUAUUUUGCUAAAACAAAAUACUAAAAAUUGGUGUGUAUGUAUAUAUUCGAAACGGGAAGAAAUUCAUCUGCGAGAAUUAGUCAACACAUCGAAACAGAAUUUACUAGUAACUAUCGCAUAUUCAAGAUUCUUCUGAUUUUUGUUUCCAAAAUCCCUGUAUAACAAAAACCAAUUUAUUUCGACCACAGCGGUAGAUACCUUGGCAAAUGUUUUAAUGUGAUAUAUGUAUUUAUCACCAAAUAAUUAUUGGCUGACUGAAAUCAGCCUUCCCAUUUGCAGAUCUGAAAUAAUUUCAAUAUGUUCUAAUGGAGGAAUCUGAUUAAAUUAUUUGCAUACUUUGGUGGGAUUUCAGGGCGAUCUGGAAUAUAAGAGUUGAACAAAACGAUUGUAAUUGCAGUAGACAGUCGAUUCUAGCUGAUAUUUUGAUCUUCUGUACUUGUCAUUGAAUGAUUCGAAUUGAAUAUUACUGAAUAUAAAUAUUUUUUUUUGAAAUUUAGACAACGUAUAACUAUUAAAAUUACUAUCAAAUGAAAAUGUUUCUGCGAACUAAUGUUGAAUAUUUCUGAGAAAAAAAUGUUUGGAAAAUAUCGAUUUGUUUGCAUUUCUUGCAUGCAACAUCACAGUACCGUCACAGUGAUAAUCAUGAAUUUAUUAUUGUGUUCUUCUUUUCAAAUAAUCACAAAAUAUGAAAGUCCCCCUUCCACAUGCAAAAGCUACGUCAUUUAUGGAUGCGCCGUAAUUUCUUCAGAUAAGAAUUCUUCGCAUAAGAAUUAACCGCGUAGGGGAGAGAGGGUAACAGUGGAUCAGCAGGAACUAUAAAACAUUCGCAGUAAAAUCAUAAUUAAUGCAUGAUCACAAUCGUCUCAUUCCCUCAUAUUUCACUAUUUAUAAUUCUUUACACGUGUUGUUGUAUUUUGGAAAAGAUCUGAUAACUCUAUCUCUUUUAAUGGAUAUUUGUUUGUUUUGUGAUAGCCAGAGUAAAUUUCCAUUGAAAAACAUUAUUCCAUUUUUAUGAGUUACCUUCCAUUGAAUAAAUCUUUAGUCUAUUGAUAUUUAUAGCAAAUUUUAUGCUCAACAUUUCCGGCGAAGAAAGUUUUUAAUAACUUGUCAUGGUUUUGUGCAAUUCUCAUGAAUGGACAGGGUAACUGUGAAAUGAUGGCGUAUGGGAAACAGUGAUUUUUUAUUUUUGUGGUCUGUCUCAAAAUGUGAAUAGAUUUCGAUUUUCCAUAGUAAAUACUACUCAUAUAGAGAAAAGUUAGUAAAUUUGGGCAAGUUUAGUAGAAAUUGUCCAUUCUUUUAGGAUUGCAGCUAAUAUGCGUAUAUGGCGGUCCGAUGUUUCGCGAUGAUAUAGUGAUUUCUUUCGUAACAAAAAAAUUUAGAUUUUCGUCUCAAUAUAACUUCAAUUCGAAGCAAUACAAGAAGAAUAUUUCACUAUAGACGACGUCGUGUUUCAUAGUUCCUAUCCAUGGGGCAUACUGGUACCUUUUACCACAGACGGUUUAUUGCACAUAAAAAGUUAUUUCCCGCAAAUUUUACCAUCUGGAAAAAAUAUAUUUCAACGACAUUCAAUUAGCUAGAGGUUACUGGGUAGGGAAAGUUAUGAAAAUUAGAGCCAUAGUACUCAAGUGAGAGCAAGGGUGUGAAGUAUGCAGAUCGGAAAACUAGAAGUGGCAGAGUCAUUAGAACAGGCGGUAGGUAGCCGCUGUAUACACAGCCACCACCUUACACAAUGUAGCAAACCCGAUACGACUGUAAGCGCAAUGGCAAUAGUCUAAUAAAAAUCUAUCCCAGCAUUCGAAAGACAAACAGAGAUGAACAGCAGCAACAAUCAUCAUUGAUUGAUGCUAAUCGUCGCACAGUGAUCACCUUCCAUACAAAAGUCGGACAAAACCUCAAAAGUGGCCCGAAUUUGAUGAAAACUUCACAUUAGGGUAAUUUUGUGACGCUGAAUUCAUAUUAGAUGUUUAUUUUUUGUUUUUUAUUUCCUCAAAAUUUUGGCACUUAGGGUGGUUCGAAAAUUCAACAUUUACAAAUAUAAAAUGCACUAUUUCCAAAAAUUCAUUUUCAAAAAAUAGGUGCGGUGAAUUUUUUAGCAGAACACACAUUUUUUCAAUUGCUGAUAAUGAUAAGACACAUCUAUAAAUUAUAUUGCGAACCCUGGGUAGUCAAAGGCUACCAUGCGUCUCCUUCAGACGUAUCAUGAAAAAUCACCUUUUUUCAUACCUCGGGGCAGAAAAGGGCAAAACAAGAUAUUCAUUUUCGGAAAGUACACUAAUUUUCAAGUAUCGUGAACAACAAGCGACCUUUCCGAACCGUUUCAAAAAAAGUACAGCCACUUUGAACAUUAUAACUUUAAACUAUUGCUCGAUUUAUUAUUUGUUUUUCAUGUCUGAGCGAGAAGAAAGGCUUGUAUCAGUUUGACCCCAAUCGGAAUCUUAAUUUAAAAUAUAUACGCAUUUGAAUAACUUACACACCUAGAAAAAAUAGUGUAAAUUUACGUCUCCUGACCAUGACAUAUACGAGAAACAAAAAUGACUUAGUUUUACGUUUGAUUUUAAUUUUACAUGACGUUUAAUUUCGUAAAUCAUGUAAUUUUACUCCACAUACAGCGUUUGUUCUGAAUGGUAGGAAGUGUAAUUUUAAGUCAUUGCGCAUGUGAAGUAUAUGUUUCAUGUAAAAUUAAAUGGAACACGGUAAUGUUCUAUCAUUUCGUAAAUUACGGUUUGUUGAAUUGUGUCAUGUUUGCAAUUACGUCAACGAUAAAAUUCAGAUUUUUUUGGUGUGUAGGUUUGAAAAUAGUUUUCCUCAGAAUUUAUCAUCUAUUUCACCUUUGAAGCCAUGUAAAAAAUCGAACUGUCGUCCUCGGGACUUAAUAUUUCGAGAAGACUCUAUUCAACCUGUUAAGAAACAGAGAAAAAUGUUAAAUCAUGAAAAAUCAAAACUGGCGACACUGUGCGUCGACAGGUUUUCAGUGGCGAUCUUGCGUGGCUUUUAUUUUGUCGGUUCUCACGGUAAAGAGGAACAAGUCUGUCUUUGCCAAGACACAUGCUGGUGACCUCGAGUUAUUCUCCGAUUAGAAUGAAAUAACAAGAUUAUAACAGAGUGAUAUUUUCGUAACAUAUUGUGUUAUAAAUGCGGUUUAAUUAAAAUAACAGAAAAUUAUAACAAGUAACAACACGAGAUAUAGUUUUGCAAUCUUUUUGUUAUGUAUUUCUGAUCGGGUCGUAGUUAUGCUGCCUAAGCUUGACCCUCAUCAGAAGACAAAAGUUAAGCCCGUAAGAUAUUAAGUCUGUUCUAAUAACUCUGCCCCUUCUAGUUUUCUGAUCUGUAUACUUCACAUCCUUGCCCUCACUUGAGCACUAUGGCUCUAAUUCUCAUAACUUUCCCUAUCCAGUAAUCUCUAGCUAAUUUAAUGUUGUUAAAAUGUAAAAAAGAAAAUGUGACUAACACAGUCGAAAUAAAAAAGAAACACAAGAAAAAGAUGGGUGGGUAAUGUCAGAGACAUAACCGGAGUGAAGUAGAAUACACUUUAGACCGGUAAAUUCUGAUCUGGAAUAAGCAAUUUCUAUGCGAUUUUGUCGACUUUAACACAUUCAUAGUUUAUUUGGAGUAUUUUUGGAAUUAUCAAGUUGACAAUUUGCAACAUUCUUUGAAAAUAUUGUUGAACUUUUAUGAAUGAAGGCACGCAAACGAGCGUUUGACCGUCGUCCUACUACCAGCAUCAGAGAAGUAGCAGAUCAGCAUUUUUCGCUACAUGACCUGUACCAAACAAACCGCUGGUAAGUCCACCGGAGGAAAGGCUCCCCGCAAGCAGUUGGCAACAGCCCCCUGGCAACCCUAUACCAUCAUAUGGAGUUUGACAGGGACCGACAUAUAUGGGGCGUUAUAGCUAUAAAGCCCCAAACAAAGAAUUAUGUUCGGCACUAUGCUCGAUAUUCAAGCAUUCCACACGACGUUUUGCAUCUGGUGGGAUGAUUUAAUAAUUUAAUUUAGUCGACAUUUUGUAACUAAAUACAGCUUCUAAUCAUUCGGUUCAAAAUCAAUGUUUUGCAUUUCAUGGCAGUGAUGCUGGCUGUACAGAGACGUCGUCCUUGACAGGGGCUGGUUGGCAACGAAGGCCGUGUAAAAGUGCCCCAGUCACGGUUGGCGUUAAGAGCCUCAUCGCUACCGAACAGAAACAGUCGCCCUGCGAAAAAUUCACAGCUAUCAGAAAUCGAGCGGGCCUAAAUUGUGACCCAAAAUAAACCACAAACCAACAAGUUGUUUGCAGGACCAGCCAAUUAUAAAGUAUUAUUAUUAUAAAUGAAAUUUUCCAUUGCCUUACAACCUCCCUCCCCCUUUCCACCCGGCUUGAAUAACUAUCAAUCUUGAUGAUGCUGUGCGGCGGGGGCACUAGUUUUUAUUAUGGUGGAAAAUUUAGGUUUGCGCGUUUUUCCCAAAAGUUUUUUGGCUGUGCUGUUUUCAAGGAAGUUGUAGUUGAAUUCAAAAUAAAAUAGUUUAUUUCUAUUGUCAGAGAUGGACCUUCCAACGAAAACUAGUUUGGCUCGCUUGGAAUCGAAUUGUAUGGACCAACCACUGCUUUCACAAAAUCUGUUAUUUUCAGUAAUUGAACAUUCUACAUUUUUGUAAAUUGAAUCAUUACACUAACCUGUCUACAAAUCACACAAAUAACUUUUUUAUUUUGUGCCAUUCUACUUGAAAACGAAGAUAUUGUUCACAAGUGGCUCACUUACCAUCCAACGCUCUUGGCAAGCCACUUUCUGAUGCUUGUAAUAAAAUUUCAAUUCGAUUCUUUGUCGAUAAAUUGAUGGCCCUGAAAAGCGCCUGUUGUUUGGACAGUGUUCGGAAUUUACUUGGAGCUGGUGUAUAUGGUAACAGUUUUGGUGCCAUCUGGGACGGCGUGCUUGGCCAACUCUUCUGACAGCAGCAAACGGACGGCGGUUUGAAUUUUGCGGGAGAUGCUGCAAACGAACUGCUGCAGGCUGAUGCUGCAAACGAACUGAUCGUGAACAACAGCAUGCUGAGUUUUUAUACCUGACUACAGCACAAUGUAAGCUCGUCCUUUUUUGUGUUGUCCUCAAUAUGUGUUCUUCGUAGCUCCACCCCUUUGUUGCUCGACCACAUAUUUUUGAUAAAGAACAAAUUUGAAAUUGUGUUUCCAAUACGGAGGUUAUCGAACACUCAGGGUAAAAAGAGUAAUCUAAUACGAAUAAUUGAAACCAUUUUUGAAUGCGCCUAGUAAACACGAAACUGUAAACAAACACACAAAUGAUAACUUUUAAUUUUGUGUCAUUCUACGUGAAAUCUACGAUAUUGUUCACAAGUAGCUCACUUGCCAUCGAACGCUCUUGCCAAGCUACUUUCGGAUGCUUGUAAUAACAAAAUUUCAAUUCGAUUCUUUGUUGAUAAAUGGCCCGUACCAAACAUACCGCUCGUAAGUCCACCGGAGGAAAGCCUCCCCGCAAGCAGUAAGCAACGAAGGCCGUGUGAAAGUGCCCCAGUCACGGUUGGCGUUAGGAAUCCUCAUCACUACUGAACAGAAACUGUCGCCCUGCGAGAUAUUCACAGCUAUCAGCAAUCGAGCAGGCCUAAAUUGUGACCCAAAAUAAACCACAAACCAACAAGUUCUUUUCAGGACCAGCCAAUUAUAUUCCAGUAAGAUAUAAAUGAAAUUUUCGUUUUCCAUUGCCUUACAACCUCUUUCCUCCCGGCUUGAAUUACUAUCAAUCUUGAUGAUGCUGUGCGGCUGGGCACAGGCAGUUUCCAUUAUAGUGGAAAAUUUAGGUUUGCGCGUUUUUCCCAAAAGUUUUUUAGCUGUGCUGUUUUCAAGGAAGUUGUAGUUGAAUUCAAAAUAAAAUAGCUUACUUCUAUUGGCAGAGGUGGACCUUCCAACGAAAACUAGUCUGGUUCGCUUGGAAUCGAAUUGUAUGGACCAACAACUGCUUUCACAAAAUCCGUUAUUUCAGUAAUUGUACAUUCCACAGAAUUAGUCACAACUAUUUCCAAUCAGCGCAAAAAUCGAAGGUUUUCAUUCAAUACAACAGAAGAUUUUCACGUUUGAAAAAACAGGCAGCAUUCUGGCCGAAAAUUUUGAAACGGAGCACCUAUAUCGAAACGUUAGAAAACGUUCGAUUUUUGUAAAUUGAAUCAUUACACUAAACUGUCUGUAAAUCACAAAUAACUUUUGAUUUUGUGCCAUUCUUGUGAAAGCGACGGUAUUGUUCACAAGUGGCUCACUUACCAUCCAACGCUCUUGACAAGCUGAUGCUUGUAAUAACAAAACUUCAAUUUCAUUCUUUGUCGAUACAUUGAUGGCCCUGAAAAGGGCCUGUUGUUUGGACAGUGUUCGGAAUUUACUUGGUGCUGGUGUAUAUGGUAACAGUUUUGGUGCCAUCGAAGACGGCGUGCUUGGCCAACUCUUCUGACAGCAGCAAACGGACGGCGGUUUGAAUUUUGCGGGAGAUGCUGGAAACGAACUGAGCGUGAGCAACAGCAUGCUGAGUUUUUAUACCUGACUACAGCACAAUGUAAGCUCAUCCUUUUUUGUAUUGUCCUCAAUAUGUGUUCGUCGUAGCUCCACCCCUUGGUUGGUCGACCACAUAUUUUUGAUAAAGAACAAAAUUGAAAUUGUGUUUCCACUACGGAGAUUAUCGAACACUCAGGGUAAAGAGAGUAAUGUAAUACGGCACCUUGGUAAAAUGUUUGAGAAUUGAAACCUUUUUUGCAUGCGCCUAGUAAAAAUGUUUUCCACUUCACUCCAGAUUGUUUCUGACCAUAUUUGCAAUUUGCGUACUGAAAUAAAUCAUAAUUUAGGGUUUAACCCAAAUAGCUCUCCAAGGAGAAACAGUCCAUGACACAGAAAAUGCAAACUUAUUCUUUGAAAUGAUUUUGGUGGCCCUGAAAAGGGCCUUUUUUAUAAUGAUACAAGUGAGUUCUACCUUUUCAACUUCAAAAUCCAUACAAAGUGCGUCCCUGCCGCUUCAGAGUAUAGACGACAUUCAUUGCGGUUUUGCGCUUGGCGUGUUCAGUGUAGGUCACGGCAUCUCGGAUGACAUUUUCCUGCACACCAUCAGCAUUCGUAGAUUAAAUCGGAGAUGCAUUUUACACCACCACGAUGAGCCAGACGCCAAAUGGCGGAUUUUGUGAUUCCCUGGAUUUUAUCACGAAGAACCUUGCGAUGACGCUUGAUACGGGAACGCAAACAUGAUACCGCUCAUUGUACCGUCCGGACGAACAUGUUGCUCGUGUGGUAAGCGAGCACCUACUGAUACAAAACAAGCUCGCGUGACCUGUAUAUAUAAUAUUCCCGUAUGUAAUGAAACGCUUACAUGCCCCUUUUUGACGGCUCUGCGUGGGAUAUGCUGGCAAAUUGCGCAUUUUCCUCGCUGUUUCCGAAGGAUUUUUUAAAAAUCCUAGUUCUGGUUUAUUUAUAGUAGUCGUACUAAUUACGAAAUUUAAUACGAAAUACGUGCACAAAUUUACGAUCAGAUAGUGCAAAAAUAUUGCGAUUUCGUCCAGUAGAACGGAAGAUAUUCGCAUUUCAAACCUGGGAAAAUUUCUCAACUGAAAUUUUUGAAACGGGACCCCAUAUUGAAACGUUAGAAGUAUUCUACUUCAAAAUAUAUGUAUUAGUUAACAACAGAGUGGAACUAUGUAUCACUUUUGGCCACACAAAUAACAUGUUUUAUCAUAAAAUUUAAAUCACAGAAAAAAUGUCUUUCACUGUUACCCCCUCUCCACUACUGUUGUUUAUAUAUUUGGAAUUGAGUUGCAGUAAUAUUUUAUAAAUUUCUGUUGAUAGUUCCUCAGUUACAAAAACAUUGAAAAGUAUUAUUUAGUUUAUUAUUUGUUAACAUUAUAUUAGGGGCCGUACACAAAUGACGUAGCUUUUUUCAGCGAUUUUUGACCCCUCCCUCCCCCCUCGUAGCAUUUGGUCACAAAAUUCUAACCUCCCCCUCGUAAAUAACGUAGCAUUUACCUACCCCCUCCCCCUCGUCCCAUGCACAGCGCCCGGGUGAUGAAAAAAAAAUUACAUGCUUUUCAAUUAUUUUAAAUACAUGUCCUUUCGAAAUGUUUGACGACUUUUAUCAACAUUUUCAUUAUAACAACAAAUUUCGUGCAAAAUAAGCCCAUUUCAUCACAAAUAUAGUGUUGAUAGUUUUGUUUUGAAUUUUAUAUGUCAAGGGGAGCAUGAAGAGAAGUUCUCUCAAUCCUGUAGCUGCCAAUGAUUCUAAGAAACAUACGUUCAUCUAAAUUACUAAAUUUAGUUUGGUUGAUUCCGAAGUGAAAAUUUAAUUCAGCUUCCAAACUAAGUCUACUAGUUAGCAACAUUAGCUAACUAAUGUAGCAAGUUAAAUCCGCAUACAAAAUCUUUUCGUAUUUUUGCGAACUUGAAAUUGAAAUUCUGCGAAUUGUAAAAUUUACCUCAUGAAAAACCGCAUCAAAAGUAACUUGUUUGAAUUUAAAUUCAUUUCUCUUGGGAACGGAGGAUCAUUAAAUUGUUUUCUCUAAACAAUGGGUUUUAAACAUAAUGCUACGUCGCACAACUUCUGACCCUACCCUCCCCCUCGUCACACUUCGUCACAAAUUUGGUAUACCCUCCCUACCCCCCAAAAUGCUACGUCAUUUAUGCAUGGCCCCUUAGUUGAUAUAAGUUUUAUAAAUUUUACCGAAUAUAUCUAACCGAACAGUAGAAAAAAAAUGGAUCUAGAUUCCGGUAGUAGUAGCAUUAGUUGUUGUUGUCUAGAUAACACGAAUAGUGCCAGUACUAUAGACAAACAAAUGCAAUAUAUUCGCCGGCAGAAGAGCUUACCUAAACGAAAACUAGAACUACAACUCUUACAAACAAACAAACAAGCAAACAUGCUCAACCAAUAAAAUAAUAACGCAAAUCUCCUCAGGCGUUUGAAUCCUUGAACAAGUUAGAAUUAUGUUCGAUGGCAGAAUUUUUGAAAGUUGCAUUUUCUUAAAGCUAUCAUUGUAUAUAAUAAUUGGCACUAUAUUACAUGGAAAAAAUACUUAUAAUAUAGCUAAAAAGAAAUGAUGUGUGAUUAAUGGUGAUGAAGAGAUUUUCUACAUACUAGAUUAUUUAUAAUAGAAAAAUAAAUGCCCCGAUCUUAUGAAUAAAAUAAUAGUAUUGAUUUACGAAUCGUUCCCAGAAGGUUAGUCGUUAGUUUAUACAGCAUUUUAACUUUUUCCAGUUUUAAGUAGAUGUAAUAUUUAAUAUUAUAUUUUGUAAGCGCAGCAGUUUGUUGAAUAAAUUUUUAAUUGACAUCAGCUGAAACCAAACAAAACAAAACCGUACUUUAAUGGUUAAGGCUCAUGAUUUAAAUGAAAUUAGUUUAACUUACACGUUGAGGAUUCCGUAAAAAAUAUUCGUGUUUCUAAAACUGUACAUUCGUCUCCGCGUACAUUUCCAAAGAAACCACAAAUUGAGUUCCUAAUAAUUCGCACAAUGAUUCGCUAUAACGUUAUGUGCACGCUUAGAAAAUGAAAAAAAGGUGAAUAUUGUAUUGCACUGUGAUAAAAAAAAGUCUAAAAUUUCGUUUCGGAGCAAUUUUCAAGCAUUGUGGCAGAUUUUUCCGCAUUCAAAUUUGGAUAACCAUAUCAUAAACUUUGCAUCAUCCCGUUUCACCUCACAACUCUUGUUCGGCAUAUCUGAAGCUCUUUUAUUUGCCACACUUCAUGAAAAUCCUACAGAAACCUCCCAACCGAUUUAUCCUUUGUGCGUUCCCGUAAUACUUUUCUCAUUUCAAUUUAUUUAUUCAAGUUUGAUUAGACAACCAGUUCCAUAUUUAAACAAAAACUACAUUGGGCUAGUUCAAGGGUCAUUUAAGCCAUAUUCAUUAAUUUCGCAAAGUGUAGCUUUACGUUUGGCAUUAUUAUAACAUCGUACAUGUGCACCCGCUAAAUUCAUUUUGGAACCAUUUGAGAGACGUAGGAAAUGCGGAAGGUGCGAUCUAUGUCUGUGAAACAUUUAUACAUGAAUAUAACCGUCAUGCGAAAUUUCCACUCGACAAUCUAUGAACAAUGCAAUCACAUGCAAAGUUAUCCAGACACACGCUUUUGCUUGCUUGCAUUAUUUAUAGCAAAUUGAACUGAUGUUCUUCUUUCUGUAAUUGAGCUAUUUAGCUCUGAACAGAUAGUCAGAUAGUCCACGAGGGUGAAUUUACUCUAUUCUGACUGAAAGUUCUUCUUUCUCGCGAUUGCGUACAUUAUACAGCGGGCAAGAUCCGCCAUCGAUGCUUCAAUGCGAAGUACUAGAGCUAGUUCCCAAGGUUGGGUCUAGUCUACUCUCCAGGUCAAACAAUAAGUAUCGAGGUCGAUCCAGCGAUUCCAGAUGCCGCAAGUGUUUCGGCAAGAUCUACUCGAUCUAGUCUCCUAUGAUGGGUCAACAAAGCCCAACAGGUUUCCCGGUACCAUACACUGCCAUCGACGCGAACUAUUCAAGCUAGUCUCGGACUGGAUGACUGAUGGGAUGCGCUUAUUCGAACUGUAAGUUAAUGGUCACCAAUUCGUUGAUCUCUUAUUCAGUUCCCCUGUAGCUCCACUAGUAUCUACGCGAAUACUGAAUUGAAGAUGUACCACGUCCCUUCGUCUUUGAACAUCUAUUCUACAACAUUCUCUACGCUUAGAACCAGAAUCCCGCUCGCACUUCUUCGAAUCUUCGAAAAUCAAAGACAAUGUUAUCCGAUGUCUCCUUUGCACACUCACGCUCCAGACAGUAAGGUGAAGCAACAUCACCGAACCGAUGUAAAUUCUUCCUGAAACAACCGCGACUUGAUAGGAACAGCGUUAGGUGAAAGCUCUUUCUCCGUGCUUUCUGUUACCUACAAAAACAUAUAUGGAAUUCAUGUUUUAAUAUUGGUGUUAUCCUGUUACCACUUGACCAUCGAGUCAGCUUUCGCCAUCCUCUUCACCCCUCUUGUUCCCCUUCGUUACUAACCCUAGAUACCUUCAGCUAAGGCGAUUCCAAUAGAGAUCAUCCCGGCGAUGACGUAUACGACCUUCCACGACAUGGUAUGACAUAGUCGACGUGGUAAUUGAGGUUUAACCGAUUGUCUAUCUUGACUUUUACCUAUUUGAACACAUAGUUCUUGAUUGUGUUGAUGAUCUCCGUUGUCAGCUUCCACCUUUUUCAGCAUCUGCCCUGUUCUCGUUGAAACGAUGUCAUCCGCGAAUUCAACUACCUUGACUCCUAUAAGCAGCUCUAGCUUUCUGACUCCUUUUCUGUACUCUCUCUAUGACUGUCCGGAUUGCUUUCACCGUUGAUCAUACCUCACCGUUUUUUUGCCAGUGUGACAGAUCCCGAGAAAACGGGUUUCACGGGUUAUGAGACCAUACAAUCCCUUAAUAAGACCAUAAAUAUGGUCCGUGUCAAAUUUAACAACCAUGUAAAUGCCAUAAGAUGGUGAUAACCCAAUAACCCAUAAAUACACCAAAAUUUGGUUUUUAUAGGGGAUCUAUCGGACCAUGGUGAUGGUGUUUUCGUGGGUUGAUUCCAUUUAAAUCACUAUGAAAACACCAUGCAGUGGGGAUGAAAUUGAACCAUAACCAGGGGGUUUUAUGGACUUUUCGUUUGCUCGGGAUAGCUUGCGCGUCCUGUGAAAUUCGUUAUCUCGUUGAGGGUAAUCCUUUUCAUGUGAUUCUCGCGAGUAUCCAGCAGGCACAUGGCCCUUAUUAAAGUAGUUUUCGCUGAUGGUUUAGCAGUUUGUGCUGAAGUUUCUGUAUCCGUUUUUGUUGUAAUGAAUAUUUUUCUUUUUGCUUUAGUACUCUCGCGCAGGGCUAUCGGUAGUGUGCUGAAUACUUACGGUACGGAUAUGUGGGAGAUUGAUUGUCAUAAGUACUGUUUUUUUAGAAAAGGCAGAUACAGAUUCCAGGCUAACGAAGGAAGGAAUACAAUGUUUCAACCGCAUUCUUUGCAUUCGAACACCAUAGAGAAUACCUGGGAAAAAUCUUCCAUUUAUCCUCUUUGACUGAGAGCUUUACCAUAUUGCGACAUAAGUUUUACUUCAGCUACGUUAUCUCCAUAGUACACGCGGAUCUGCACUUCACAAUAUGAAAAACUUGACUUGGGUGUUGAAACACAAAUAUCAUGGAAGAAUUUGAACAUUUUUACGAAAUGACAGACCAGUCUGUUAGUAACAGAUCAUUUUUAGAGAUUUUGUAUCGCUCAUAUUACAUGGAUACGAAAAACUACCAAAAGUUGAGCUCUUUUGACUAAAUCUCGGGGUAUCGUGGAAUAAGGUAAUAUUAGGUAAACAGUGUUGAAGGUAGUUUCACUUUAACCACGGCAAAAAUCAUAACUCAUUGACAGGUUUUUUAUACUAAACCUUGAGUUAAAUAUGCUUAAAUUUAAGUUGAAUCUACCUAAUUUUGAGUAUACCCCAAACAACUCAAAAGUACCUUAUUCCAUGGAAGGCCUCGACUGAGUCGAAUCUCUCUCUUUGUUUUUGACAACACUAAUAAGUGCGAAAGCUACGCAAAACUCAAAACUACCUUAAUUUAAGUUAAAUAACUUAUUCUGUGGGUUGUUUUAUUUUUCCGUGCAUGAAUACAGUAACUAUAGUUUUAACUAAAGACGCUGAAUCUCCGGGGUAAAAACUCGACACAAUCUUUUGUUACCAGUUCUCGUGCUCGAUUGAAAUGAAAAUAAUAGAUAAAUUGUAAACAAAAAUUGAAAUGGCGAGUCUUUAUUCAGAGCUCCGGGGUCGUUAGAUUUGAAUACAGACACUUUAUACACAGACUAGCGAAAUGUCAAAAAAAUCAGCCAAACCGACUGUCAAAAACUGCAGCCAAACAAGUUUGAGGGUAUAGUGAGGGGAAGUAAAGAGGUAAGCCAAUGCAAAGCUUAUGACAUCUUCCGCGAUACUAGUAAAUAUUCAUGGUUACUGGUUUUACUGUUUUUGUUUCCGCAAGUCUGUAGUUUUGGCUACAGACACUUUAUACACAGACUUGCGGAGACAAAAACUAGCAACUAUGAAUGUGAACUGGCAUCACAGCAGAUCCGGGAUGCUUUUCAUGCAUGCGAAUGAAAAACUACCUAAAAUAGCGUUCUUUUGACUCAAUCUCAGGGAACAGUGGAGAAAGGUUAACUUAGGUAAACCGUGUGGAAGGUAGUUUUUGCGUGUACACGCAAAAGUAAAACAACCCGAAGAAUAAGUUCUUUUAACUUACUUUUGAGUUGUGCGUCGCUUUCGCACUUAUAAGUAUUGUCAAAAACAAAACGAGAGAUUCGACUCAGUCGAGGUCUUCCGUGAAGUAAGGUACUUUUGAGUUGUUUGGACAUACUCAAAAUUAGGUAAAUUCAUCUUAAGUUUUAGUAUAGACGAAUUUCGCGCCAAAUCAUAUUCAGAGUUGGCAGCACCUUCUCAGAUUCUAACUUUCUGUACAUGAAGACAUUGUCACAAAAAGCCACUUUGCAUAUUUUGUUUUUUUAAAAAUGAUCUAGACUGUCUUUUGAAAAGGGCCAAACUUUUUUUACCAAUUUUUUUCAAAUGGCUAUGGUCUAAAAAUGAUAAAUCCUACAAAAAAUAUAGGAACGGUUUUUACAAAAUUAGUCAAUUUUUUAAUAAAAAUAUUGAAAAAAUUCUUCAUUGACUCCUACACUAAAUAAAAAUCGAUUUUAAAAAUUUAAAAUCGAUUUACAAAAAAACAUUUUUGAUUUGGAUGAAAUUCUGUUUCAAGAUAGAUAAUUAUGUUCCAUCCUUGCUAAAUUGGACAAUAUCUUCUCACAAACUGAGUUUUAUUGGAUCCUGAGAUGAUUAUGACUUUCAUUGGAUUAGUGUUCGAUUAAAAAAAACUGAAAAAAAAUCAGUUUGGACAAGGAAAAGUUUUUUUCAAAUAACUUUUUUUCCUUGAAAGUGCCCAACUUGAAUUUUUGACGGUAGGUAGGAAACAUAACAAAAUUUCAUCCAAAUCAAAAAUGUUUUUUUGUAAAUCGACUUUAAGUUUUUAAAAUCGAAAGAACAUUUUUUGCCAUUUAUUGUUUGAAAACAAUUUUUUUUUUCAGUAUGAAAAUUUUUUUCAAUAUUUUUAUUCAAAAAUUUGACUAAUUUUGUGAAAAUCACUCCUACAACAUUUUUUGUAGGAUUUGUCAUUUUUAGACUAUAGUCAUUUGAAAAAAAUUGGUAAAAAAAGUUUAGCCCUUUUCCAAAGACAUUCUAGAUCAUUUUUGGAAAAACAAAGUAUGCAAAGUGGCUUUUUGAGACAAAGUUCUCAUGUACAGAAAAUUUAAUUAAAAUCUAAGAGGGUGCCGCCAACAUUUGUUUGAGUUGGCGCGAAAUUCGUAAUAUAUAUUGAAUUCAAGGUUGAGUAUAAAAAACCUAUCAAUGAGUUGUAAUUUUUGCCGUGGUUAAAUGGAAACUACCUUUCACACGGUUUAACUUAUUUUACCUUUCUCCACGAUACCCCGAGAUUGAGUCAAAAGAACUCUAUUUUAAGUAGUUUUUCGUUUGCGUGUAGGCUUCCUCCCAUGCUUCUCCUCACAAUUGGCGAUUUGCGGCAAAACCAAAAUUAGUCAUGCGACACCUAUGAUUCAGCUUAUGAACUGGCAAAGUGAUACAGUUUGCUUUUUUUCACCCGUAAGUGAGUCGUAGCUUACAACAAAAUCUUCAUUAUCUUCUCGGAAAAAGCUUACCACAGCCAAAAUAUGAAUGAAACGAGUAAGAAAUUUAGUUUUAUUUGCAAUUAUUCUGAAAUUACAGUCAUUUGCAACUAUUUGACUCAUACAUUUCUUCGAAAUGUAAUCGGGGUAUUAUUGUGGUUAUAAAAAAUCGUUCCAUAAAUAAAGUUCCAACUCGAAACCGCGACCCAAUCAGUACCAAUGUCAAACUCCUUCAUAUUUUGAACUACGUAGGAGAUUCAGUGAAGACUAUCGAAGAGAAGGAUCGGCUGUGCAUGAUACAAAGCUGACACUUUCCUAUUAGCCGGAUAUAUUCUUUCCUCGCCUGAUCUGGAGAGUUUAAUGAAUUUACACCAUCUCAUGAAGGUUUAGCUUAACUUAGGACGAAUGGGAAAUGCUGUUGCGGCGGCUACGGUGCUCAACAAAUUACAUUUCGAAACAGCGCGCAUAUAGCUCUGCGAAUAAUAUUAGAAACCACUAUGUUUUACACUCUUUUCGCAAGAUGUUUACUCAUCAUCUUAUAAAAUGAUGGUUUUCCUUCAUUUUCAUAAACAAUUAUCAACAAAUUGAUCGGUAAUUUGGUGUUUAAAAGUCAUUUUUUACCAAUGUUUACAGAAAAUAUAUGCACUAUGACAGAACAGAAUAAAAUCAGCAACACUUUCCUUCCAGCGCUAUCUGCGAGCGGUUUCAACGUAGAAUCGCCAAUACAUCAUGCUCGUUUGGCUGUACUUUUUGAUAGUUCAUUUGGCUGCAACUUUUGACACUUUGCUAGGGUUACCAAAUGGGCUGAGAGCAAAUUAAGGACAGUCGGAAUUCUGCCUAAUUUUCCAGCGGUUGAACUGGGAUGUUGAAUCUCAAUCGAGACAAAUUGUAUGACAAAUGAUGUAGUGGCAAUACCAAAGAGAUACCACUUUGGCCAAACUUCAUAUUGAGCUGUCCAACAAAUUUUGGUUACUUCUGAGUAAAACAAAUUUUGGUUGCCAUGGGUCGCAGAGAGUAUGUUAUAACAAAAAAAUCGCUGGAAGGAAUUGAAAUUGAUUCUCUUGGAAUAAAGUUGAUCUGAAUAAUUUAAUACAGGGUGAUUCGUCAUGACGUUCUUUUACUCUAGUAAAAAAUUGAAAAGCGGAGUAAAUCGCGAAUUGUUUAUUUGUCAAUCGAAAGAACAUUUUUUGCCAUUUAUUGUUUGAAAACAAUUUCUUUUAAAUAUUGACCAAGUUGGCGCUUCAGGUAGUCCAUUCGACUGGUCCAAUUUUCGAUGAUGACUAAUUACUCGAGUAAUGUUGGUUUCUAAUGCUUGGGGAUGUCACCGCCGCUAUGUUUUCUUCACUGUGUGCUGGAUGUGGUCGAUUUGUUCGCUAAUCAUCCAACAAUAAGAACUAAAACGCUCACUUCUUGGUUGUAUGGCGAAUAGUUGAGUCAGUUGGCCUAUGGUGUCGACCAUAUUAUGGUCGGAGUUCACUAAACACAUUUCCCACAGAUCGCUGAUUUUCGAAAUAUAGUUGAAUAAUUUGAAAAUGGUGAGCCAGUGUAAGUCGUUCCAAUAUGAAAUGGCAAACAAUACUAAACUACAAUAGCAUGACAGUUUGCAGUUAGUACCCGUUAACUACUAGAAAAUGCCCUGUUAAAAAACUUCAUGUUGAACCACCCUGUAUAUGCCAAGGUUUGAGACUAAAAUUAAGGACAUUUGAAGUAAAAUAAGGACGCUUCCAAAAACCUCGAAAAUAAGGACAUGUCCUUUAAAAUAAGGACGGUUGGUAACCCUAACUUUGCUAGUCUGUCUAUAAAGGAUCUGUAGUUUUGACUACCGUAAAACGGGGUAUCUUUGAUCACCGGGGUAACUUUGAUCAAAUGAGAUUUUUUCAUUAACGUACGAUAAGAUGAUUCCCUCUAACAAAAUCAUUGAAACAAAAUACAAACCAUAUUCUGAACAUGUUCAGCAUCUACCGGCAACGAUUAUUUUGUCAUUUAAUGUACCUUUUAUGAAAACAAAUUCAAAUUGAAAAUGAUUCCACUUUCAUGCAUCGUUCCAAUCUGUUCAAACAAUUCCUUGUAUAUUAAUGAAAUCAAACAACUCCAACUGAACUGAUCACCUUUUUAGAAACUGAAAAUAUUUUUGUCCAAUAAUUUAUUUAAAAAAUCCGAGAUUUUUAUUGCUAACUAUUUUAUUUCGACUAUUUUCCCCAAAAAGUUCGUUAAUGUGUAUUUAUAGGUAGAAAAAUUCCCAAUGCGAAUUUUCAAACAGUUAUCCUUUAAACAAUUCCCAAAAUGACUUUUUCCAAUCCCCCUGGUAUUCCUUUAAAUUUUUCAAUAUGUGUAUGGGACGUUCAUACAGUUUUCAUAAGUUGGGAUGACACUGUUGCAAAUAACUUUACUGACACAGUAUGCAAGACUACAAAAUUCUUAGCGAAGCAAUGCUGAAGUUUCGUUUCAUUCAUGGAAACUACUAAAAUCGUACAAUAUGAUAAAAUGAUAAUACAACAUCACACAUUAGUCACAAAAUUCUAACGGGAACUGAUUGUGUAGUGAACAGAUGUUAUUAUAACUGCACUUACAUAGAAAAGCACCAAUUAUUGACCAGGCACGACAGGUUUUAUAUCAUAAGGAAAGCUCCAUAAUCAUCACAGAAGUAUUGUCGCUCAUGUUUAAAACACGUCAACAAAGCACACUUGUCUCCUCGAAAGACCUUUAGUCUUUUUGAAUCAGUACCAUUGAACAAACAAUAAGAAACAAACAAAAAAUCAACCUCCAUUAAUCAGUAAUCUGAUUUAAUAACAGAAAAAAUCGUUCGAGAUUUUGAACUUAAAUAUUAUACAUUUUUAUGCGCGCGAAGCAAACUAGAUGAACGACUACUACAAUGAUUAAUCGACACACAAUGGUUUAAACUCGGAUUGAAAGUUUGUUUAUUUUCGAAAAGACGACCAUUUUGUAGCAACAACAGAAGGCCACAGAGUAUCAAAGUAAAUUUUAAUAUGAGCCUUUUACUGUCUUGAUGCGUAUUCUUACUAUAGCUUAUUCAACAUUUAGUUAACGGGUGAAUGGCAGAUAGUAAAGUGACUCAGAGAGACAGUAAAAUGCUGAAUAUAUAUGAAACAAAACAAUAAAAUAAUAAAAACAAAAAAACCCGUGAUCGACCUUGUUCAUAACAGUAAACAUAAAUGAUAAGUAAUGAAUGCACUGGUACACCGCAGAAAAUUAGUGAACGAAACAAUUAAUAGCAAAAUGGGACGUAUAGUCGAAGUAAACUAAUGUAACACACCGUAGAGUAAACCCAUUUUCCACACAAUGUGCUGUGCAUAUUUUGACAAGGAAAACUGCAAAUGAAGUAGUAUACGUGACGAAUGGAACUUUAAUAUUAAAGUCACAUAAAUAAAAAAAAUGAAGUAGUGAAGAUGUAAUAAAGUUGUGGCAGAGAUAAAA